ACCCUGAGGAGGUGGCUCCUCCCCUCCAGCAGAGCUUCAUGAUCCCCAGAAAGGAGAUAAACAUGGUUUCUGACAUGGCCAAGUGGAAGCGCUCUCAGGCGUACGCAGACUACAUGGGCUUCAUCCUCACUCUGAAUGAAGGUGUCAGGGGCAAGAAGCUGACCUGCGAGUACAAAGUUUCAGAGCCCAUUGAAAAACUGGUGGCUCUUCUGAACACCCUUGACAGAUGGAUUGAUGAAACCCCACCAGUGGAUCAACCUUCUCGCUUUGGGAACAAAGCCUUCAGGACCUGGUACGCCAAACUAGACCAGGAAGCAGAAAAGUUGGUGGCAACAGUGAUCCCCAAGCAUUUGGCUGAUGCUGCACCAGAAGUGGCCGUGUACCUGAAGGAAUCUGUGGGGAACUCCACCCGUAUUGACUACGGCACAGGGCAUGAAGCUGCGUUUGCAGCCUUUCUCUGCUGCCUCUGCAAAAUCGGUGUUCUCAGAGUGGAUGACCAGAUGGCCAUCGUCUUUAAAGUGUUUAACAGGUACCUAGAAGUGAUGCGAAAACUUCAGAAGACCUACAGGAUGGAACCUGCUGGCAGCCAGGGCGUGUGGGGCUUGGAUGACUUCCAAUUUCUGCCUUUCAUAUGGGGCAGUUCCCAGCUGAUAGACCAUCCAAAUCUGGAGCCUCGACACUUCGUGGAUGAGAAGGUGGUAAAUGAAAACCAUAAGGACUUCAUGUUCCUGGAGUGCAUCCUCUUCAUUACAGAGAUGAAAACCGGCCCCUUUGCCGAGCACUCCAACCAGCUCUGGAACAUCAGCGCCGUGCCCUCCUGGUCCAAGGUCAACCAGGGCCUCAUCCGCAUGUACAAGGCAGAGUGCCUGGAGAAGUUUCCUGUGAUCCAGCACUUUAAGUUUGGCAGCCUGCUCCCCAUCCAGCCUGUGACGUCCUAAGGAGCCCGCAGGAGGAGUCGAGGCAGCGGGGGUGUAGCACGGCGCUCUUCCUCCUCCCUUCACCCCCUCCUCCUCACCUUGCCCGUUACACCCAGCCCAUCCAUUCCUGCACAUCCUCAUCGGCAACCACACAUCCAAAGCACUCGCCGGCCUUGCACGGGAGACGGGACCCGUUUUUACAUCCCCAGCAUGGGGAUGUCUCGCCAGCGACCAAGCCGGGGCUGUGUCUCUCCGCUCCGCUG